AUGGCCUACGAGCACUACCUUGCCAUCCGCAAGCCCCUGCACUACGGGAACCUUCUGGGCAGCAGAGCUUGUGUCCAGAUGGCAGCAGCUGCCUGGAGCAGUGGCUUUCUCAAUGCUCUUCUGCAGACUUCCAUUACUUUUUCCCUGCCCCUCUGCCAAGGCAAUGCUGUGAACCAGUUCUUCUGUGAAAUCCCCCACAUCCUCAAGCUCUCCUGCUCAGAUGCAUACCUCAGGGAAACUGGGGUUCUUCUGGUUACUGCCUGUUUAGGUGUUGGCUGCUUUGUUUUCAUCGCAGUGUCCUACGUGCAGAUCUUCAGGACUGUGCUGAGGAUCCCCUCUGGGCAGGGCUGGCACAAAGCCUUUUCCACAUGCCUCCCUCACCUGGCUGUGGUCUCCCUGAUAGUCAGCACUGUCUUAUUUUCCUACCUGAAGCCUCCUUCCAUCUCUUCUUCAUCCAUAGACCUGGUGGUGUCAGUUCUCUACUCAGUGGUACCUCCAGCAGUGGACCCCCUCAUCUACAGCAUGAGAAACAAGGACCUCAAGUAUGGAGUGAGGAAACUGUUUCUAUACAUGCUUCUUUAGCAUCAAUAUAGUGUUUAUAAUAUCUAAUCAUAAUUAUGUGAAAUUAUUGUGAUUCAUAUCAUUUCAUUUUUAUCAUUAUUUCAGUAAUGUUAUUCUUAGCAUCCUGCCUAUUAAUUACUUUAUUUACUUUCACCAAAUCAUCUAAUCUACUUGUAGUACUAGUCUUUCAGUGUAAAUAAAGACAGUAAAGAAGCCAUCAGAAAUUCA